CCUCCCCGUCACUAGAUGGCGGGCGCGUCAAUCUCCAGCUCCAGCAGCCGCUUUAAAACUUCUUCCGCCGCUGCUGUUGUUCGAGGCUACGCAAAAAUGGCCGCGAUCGGACGUCUGUCCCAGAAGCUCCUAAAGUCCGCUGCGCUGACCCAAACCCGUCAGCUGUCGGCUGCAGUGGCUCACGGCGAGCAAGCAGCCAAGACCUGGAAGAUCCUGUCGUUUGUGGUGGCGCUGCCCGGAGUCGCUGUGUGUAUGCUGAACAUGUACCUCAGGGCUCAACAACACCAGCAUGAGCAGCCCGAGUUCAUUCCCUACAGCCACCUGCGCAUCCGCAGCAAGCGUUUCCCAUGGGGUGACGGCUCCAAGUCGCUCUUCCACAACCCCCACGUCAAUGCCCUCCCUGACGGCUACGAGCAGCAUGAUCACUGAAAGCUGUCUGAAGCUCUGUCAGAUGUCUCCUUCAGGGACCAGAAAGCCCUCCGUCUCCUCUCAUUUCUCUGGACCACUCCUCUUUUUUUUUUUUCAGUUUCAUAGCAUCAACAUGUUUAUCUUACCUCUGUGCUCUCCACACCUAGUGGAAGUACCUUAUGGAAAGUUACAUUUACUUAAGGACCACUGUAUCACCUUAACUGCUUAAUCUGAAAUAAAUAAAAGUCUAUUUGUUAAAUUAUAAA